UCUGAAAGACAUUGACCAUUAAUGAUUCGGUUAGAUUAUUAAAAAAACACAUUCUUUAUAUUUUCUUUUAAAAUAUAAUGGCAAGUAGUGACGAGAAUGCCCUGGUGGAAAGGGUGUUCCUUCGAAUCGGGUCAGCAGAGACGGAUGAGCAGCUGGAAUCUGCAUUGGCCCGCUUUCUGACCCCAGUACUGCUGAAACUGGAUAGCAAAGAGGAUGGUGUGAGAAAAAAGGUUAUGGAGCUGCUUGUUCACGUAAACAAGCGUCUGAAGAGUCUGACCAGGGUGCAGCUCCCAGUUGAUGAUCUGAUAGUGCAGUUCAAAAAUCCUGAAGCCUCAUCCAUUGUUACAAACUUCACAGUGAUUUACAUAAAGCUAGGGUUUCCUCGUCUUGAACCAGAAAAGCAAGGAGAAAGGGUUCCUGCAUUGUUGAGCUGUCUCGAGGGGCGGUCACAAAGCCAGCAGGACAGUUUCCUUCAGCUUCUUAUGCCUGCUCUUGAAAAGGUAAAGAUGCCUCCCAGUAUGGACCAAAGAAGAGAAAUGUUUGCUUGCAUUACCACUCCGGCUAUGUCGAAGUUACUGCUCACAUAUAUGCUGGACUUAUUGCUCGUGCCGUAUGGGUCCCACGCAAAGAUAGCUGAGCUCCAACAAGCCCAGACAAGACGCCCAGCCACCGCCCCAGCCAACAACACUCCUAAUCCAAUAGCUCCACCCGGACUGUCAAUCACAUCCUUUCGACGGGUAAUGGGCGACAACCCAUACCAGCCAGAACAGCUGGAGAAAGUCAAACUCGGGAUUGUUAAGUUUCUGGGCGGGGAUUUGUUUACAGAGAAAGAUGUUGUGUGCCAUUACAUUGUUGGGGCGGCUGAUACAAGACACAGUGUUGCUACUGCAGCUGACAUGGAAUUGAAGAAAAUAAUUGGGACAGUUGACUUGAAUGACUCAGAUAUUCUGACCAAGCUGUUUGCAAUCAUUCUUGGAACCCUAGAAUUUAAAGGACAGACGCCUAUAAAGCCAGAAUUUAAGGUGAUGCAAGCAUGUACAAGAAUCCGGAUGAAGAUUAUGCCAUAUAUUUUAAAGGCUCGUGAAUCAGCUAACACCUUUCCUUGUAACAUACAGGUCAUCUUUGACCUGCUGUACGGCCAGAACACUAACACCAAACUGAAGGUCCAUGCUAUACAGAUGAUACAUCAUAUGUGCCUACACUGCACAGAUAACAAGUUUUCAACAUUCAGUCCUAUUCUGCAGACCAAACUUGUAAACCUGGUCAGGGAUGCUCAAGAGGAUCGGAAAGUGCUAAGCCUGGCGUAUGUCGCUCUAGGAAAGUUGGUUCACCGCUUUCCCCAACUAGUGGCCACCAAUAUAGCACUUGUUCAGGUCUUCUUCGAUGUCAUGUGUCAGGUGGAUUCUGAUAUGCGUCUAGCAGUGCAAGAGGCCCUGUCAUUAAUGGCCAAUGCCUUCAAGGAUCUGAGUGAACUCAACCAGAAAAUGAUGGUGGCUCUGCUUAUGGAAGCAAUCGAUAAGGAGGAGCCCCAGGCUAGAAUGAUGGCAGUACAGUAUGCAGAGAAGAUUUUCCCUAAGGAUCAUGUUGCUUCAAGAUAUAUCCUCCUGCUAGCAGCUGGUGACCAAAAAGAGGACAUCCGUCUUGAAGCAGUAAAGGGGCUUCAUGCCGCCCAAAGGGAUGAGAAACUCACCUCAAGACCUGUGGAGCCCGCAGCUAAAGUUGUGCUGCCAGACUUUUCCAAGAUGGUGGAAUUUGUGAAGGAAAAGGCCGAUAUCAGAGUGACAACCCAGAAUCGUGUGGUAAUCUCAAACAGCACCCUACCCUUCAAUCAGACCACAUUUACCGAGAUACUGCUCUAUCUGCGGUCCUGUCUAGCACACAGCGCCGGCCUUGUGCCCGAUAUGGACGGUGUAUCGGCAAUGAAGGAACAGGCACCAGAGAUAUCGAAGUAUGUGCAAGGAUUAAUGAAGGAGAAUAACACGGAUCGAGGGCCGGUACAGACUUACGUGAAUUUGACACAGAUGCUUCUUAAAGCUGUCGGAGGUUCCACUCCAAUGUACUGUCUUUUGGAGAUGGUUGCCAUGGCACCGACUGAGCUUGUACCUCAGUUUGUUCAGCAUCUUGGUUGGAUUAAGACCACUGUGUUUUCCAUGAAGGAUGACAUCCGUGACUUGGCCGCCAACCUGUACGCCAUAAUUGUGUGUAAGCACACGGAUGAAGGCCAGUUAUUGGAAGCUCUAGAGUUCAUGCUUAACUCCAUGAAUAACAAGAGUCUGGAGGCACAGCAUGGAGCCAUUUUGACUCUAGGUCACCUGAUUGGUCAGUUACUCAGGCGAAGGAGGCUGGAGAGUAGUCAAGGGGGAUCACUCUGGCAGAAGAUGGAAAAGGCAGUUGAACAAGCAGUUAUUGCCAUUGCUCGACUUGUGAAAGUUACAGACGAAAACAACCCUAUGCUAGCUGCAGGAGCAUGUCAGGCAAUUGGCGAGAUUGGUCGCAACGCACCUUUACCCCUCCCAUCUGGCAGCGAGGGAGAGCUAGAAGGGGAGAUAACCAAACUAUCAGUUGUGAAAAACCUCCUGGCAAUCAUAAAGUCAGGCAAGGAGAACACAAAGAGCAAGGAGAGAGCUGCACUUUGUCUCGGACAGCUGUGUGUUGGAGAAGAGAAGUUCCCUCACAGAAAACUGGCCAUACAGGGGCUCCUGGAUGCUGUCACUAGCAAACAGAUAGAACUCCACUUUACCCUUGGGGAGGCUUUGGUGUUUGCCGCUCAGGGUCCAACCUCCCCGGCCGGAAGGGAUCUCUGGACACAGACUGAAGAAGAAUGGAAGGCCAUAGCUAACUACAGUGAAGAUGAAGUAGAAUGGUACCUGACAACUGUUCUAGAACGCUAUGUGACCAGUGCCAAUCCCCACGUGCGUCAAGCAUCCAGUGUCUGGCUACUGGCUCUAGUGAAGAAAUGUAGUUCACAUCCUGCUUUGCAGUCUAGGCUUCAAAACCUGCAAUCUGCCUUUAUGCAGCUGUUGUCAGAGAAUGAUGACUUGACCCAGGACAUUUCCUCCAAAGGCCUCGGCCUGGUGUACGAGAUAUGCUCCACUGAACAGAAGUCUGCACUAGUCUCAGAGCUCGUGGACACGCUGAUGACAGGGAAACGUAAACAGCAGACGGUCUCGGCAGAAACUCAGGUGUUUGAGGAGGGAAGUAUUGGCAAAACACCAGAAGGAAGCGGCCUCUCUACUUACAAGGAACUGUGUUCUAUCGCCAAUGAGCUCAACCAGCCAGAUCUGAUCUACAAGUUCAUGCAUCUCGCUAACCAUCAUGCCAUGUGGAACUCUAGAAAGGGAGCAGCAUUUGGUUUCACCACUAUAGCAGCCCAGGCUGGAGAGCAGUUAGCCCCUUUUCUGCCCCAGAUUGUGCCCCGACUGUACCGCUACCAGUUUGACCCUAACAUGAAGAUUCAGCAGGCGAUGACAUCCAUCUGGAAUGCCCUUGUGCAGGAUAACAAAAACACGGUUGACAAGUACAUGAAGGAGAUACUGGCCGACCUGCUAACUAACCUCACCAACAAUCAGUGGAGGAUCAGGGAGUCAAGUUGCCUGGCGGUCCAUGACCUUUUGAGAGGUCGUGCCCUUGACGAUGUGGUGGAGAGUUUACCAGAACUGUGGGAAUCGUGUCUGCGAGUGCUAGAUGAUAUCAAGGAAAGUGUACGCAAAGCUGCCGAGCUGGCCUGUAAUACCCUCAGCAGAGCAUCUAUAAAGAUCUGUGAUGUGAGCUACGGAAAGGUAGGGGAAAGGGCCACAACUGUGGUCCUGCCAUGUCUGCUCAAGUGUGGACUUCAAAGUCCUGUGUCAGAAGUCAGAGCUUUAGGGUUAUCAACAAUCUUGAAGAUCAGCAAGAAUGCCGGAGUGCUAUUGAAGCCCCAUAUCCCUGUGUUAGUUACAGCCCUGCUCGAGGCAAUUAGUGGUCUGGAACCUCAGGUUAUGAACUACCUAAGUGUGAGAGUCUCAAAUGAGGAAACACAGCACAGGCUUGACAACGCCAGAAUUAUGGCUUCAAAAAUGUCUCCAAUGAUGGAAACUGUCAACUUGUGUGUACAGUAUGUAGAUGAGAGUGUUUUACCGGAGAUGGUGCCUAGACUUACAGAGCUCAUCAAGAGCGGUAUAGGUGUAGGGACAAAGGCAGCUUGUUCCCACUUUGUUGUCUCCCUGGUACAUCAAUGUCCGAAGGAUCUGACCCCACACACAGGCAAGCUGAUGGGUGCUUUUCUGAAUGGAGUGGCUGACAGGAACAUGGCAGUCAGAAAAUCUUACGCUCUGGCUUUAGGACAUCUUGUCAGGAUAGCCAAAGAUUCAAGUGUUGAGAAGCUGAUUACAAGAAUGAGAUCUUGGUAUCUGGAGAAAGAAGAGGAAGCAGCACACAAUGGAUGUGGCCUGACGUUACACGCGAUCAGUCAACAGAGUUCUGACAUCCUGAAACGUCACGCCUCAUUGACAAUGCCACUGGCAUUUUUGGCCAUGCACGAACUGGCAAAAGAUGGUAGCAGUAACAAGGGAGAUGAUAGUCUUUCACUCUGGGAGGAAGUGUGGACCGAGGUCACACCAGGUACCGAGGGAGGCAUCAAGCUAUACCUGGCAGAGAUUGUAUCCCUACUCCAGGAGACGAUCCAGUCCCAGUCAUGGGCAACAAAAGCUCAGGCCGCCCGGGCAAUAUCCACUGUGGCUGACAAAUUAGGGGCUAAAUUAGGGCCACCACAUCUUGGAAACCUUAUUGAAGCCCUUCUUCUAGGUCUACAGGGGCGAACAUGGGCUGGGAAGGAGGCCCUUCUACAUGCUCUCCAAACAGUGUGCAAGUCCUGCAGUUCCAGUAUAAAGGGAUCUCAAGAAGAAGACUUUGUUACUAAGAUAAUUGAGGACCUUCUUAGGGAAAGUAGAAAAGAAAGCAUAAAAUACAAGCUAGAGGCCCUGACAUGCCUUGGAGAGGUGGUUGAGAUAUUUGAAGUGGAUAGGUUCCAAGAUGUUUACGCCAUACUCGCUCCUGUGAUAGAAAAGAAAGAGGAAGAUAUGGAGGUCGAUGAGGAAAAGGAAGAGUUGAAUUCUGAUGUUAAGGAGGGCCAACUUGUGUGCUAUUACACAGUCCUAGGUCAAAUAUGGCCUAUAGGGGCACGUAAUACUCAGGAGGCUCGCCUGGAAGGCAUUAGCUGUCUACUAUGCGAGGCCCUGCAAGGGAACACACGGAAAAUCCAAGAGGCCAUUAUGAAGACCAUGCAUAAAGUGAUCACCAGACUGGAGUGCUUACAAGACGUACAGAAGUUCUCUGCCAAUGAGCCAUCAGUAGCGACAGUAUUGCAGAGGAUGAUUUUGUCUGUCUUGCCCUGCCUGGGUAACUUGAAGUACACUGUGAUAAGAACAGAAGCCCUUGAGAUUGUCAAUGAUAUUAUACCAAAGCUAACAGAAUUUCAAAAACUCCAAUGCCUUUCCAACGAGACUGUAGAAAAACUGAGGACCGAUUUGGCUACCAUGACAGCGGACUCCAGUCCUGAGAUUCAAGACAAAUCAAAGACUCUUCUUGUGAUGUUGAAUGCCUAGUGUGAUAAAAUGGGUUUAAUUAUUUAGUUAAUAAUUUAUCGGUUCUUGUGUCACCUUUUGGUGUCGGUGCAGCAGUGUCAUUUGCAACAACUUUGAAAAAAUCAUGGGCAAACAAUAACUAGUAUUUAUUAUCCAAUCAUUAUGAAACUUAGUAACUGUGUUUGUUGGCAUAAUGUUAUGGUCAAGUUUAAUCAUGAUGGGGUUAAUCAUCUUAGAUACUCCAGAGUUGUGCCUCUUUUACAUCAAAAUACCGCUGGCUUACUUAUUGUUAAAGGGUAUGAGUUUUUAUUUAUUACAAAGGUUGGCUCCCUUUACAUUUACCCUGGUAUUGUAAUUGGCUUGAGUAUUGUGGGUGCUUCAAAGAGGCGACAUAUCCAAUUCUGCAGAACCUCGUUCAAACUUGUACAAGUUUGUACCGAUGAUGUGAUGUCUAUAUACUAAUAUCAUGUGACUAGAAUACCUAGAAUGAAAAAGCAUCUGAUUAUUUUAUACAGUCAUGUUAGUGAAAACAUAUGCACAAUUAUGUUGAUAUCAUAUUUUUUUGUUUGUUAAUUAUUAUUGUAAAUGAAUUUAAUAACAUAGUACAGUAACAAAUACAUUUCUGAAAUAAAUAUUUCAAUGAUGUUUUUUAAACUAGUUUCUGUAAUAGUUUUCUGCCAUUAGGUGACCAUAUUUUGUUCAUCAAUGAAUCUAUUUAAAAUCAUGUUAGUAGUAAAUUAUAUUACAUUUUUGAUUACAUUUCAAACAUUUUUACAUUGUUCCAUUUCAAUAGUAUUAUACUUCAAUCUUCACUUUUUCCUUAAAGGGACUAGACACGAGAUGAUGCAAGAAAAAAAGAAAAUUGUCAAAAACUAGCAACAAAAUUGAUAUCGUUGUGUUCAAAGCAUUGAAUCUUACUUACUGAUGUAUCACAUCGCUUACGACACGUGUAUCUUCGGCAGUUUUUGCGUAUUUUUCCAAUUUGAAAUUAAAUGGGGUUUUCUAUGUUAAUACCAGUAAAUUGAAAAAAUAGCAUCAGUAUAUGUAUUUGUCCUAAUUUCAUGACGUUCACAUGCUAAACAUACACACUAUAAACUGGAAAAUUUGUUAUGCCCCCCUUCGAAGAAGAGGGGUAUAUUGCUUUGCACAGGCAUGUCGGUAUGUCGGUCGGUCGGUCGGUCGGUAGACCAAAGCUUGUCCGAGUGAUAACUCAACAAUUCCUGGACGUAUGGUCAUCAAACUUGACAUGAAGGUUGGGCCUGACCAGUAGAUGACCCCUAUUGAUUUUAGGGCUCAUCGGGUCAAAGGUCAAGGUCACAGUGACCUUUAAUGGUAAAAUAAUUUUAAAGCUUGUCCGAGUGAUAACUCAACAAUGCCUAGACCUAUGGUCAUCAAACUUGAUAUGGAAGUUGGACCUGACCAUUAGAUGACCCCUAUUGUUUUUGGGGGUCAUCGGGUCAAAGGUCAAGGUCACAGUGACCUUGAAUGGUAAAAGGAUGUCCGAGUGAUAACUCGACAAUGCCUGCACCCUUGGCCCUCAUUCUUGACUUGGAGGUUGGGCCUGACCAGUAGCUGACCCCUAUUGUUUUUGGGGCUCAUCGGGUCAAAGAUCAAGGUCAUAGUGACAUUGAAUGGUAAAAGGUUGUCCGAGUGAUAACUCAACAAUGCCUGCACCCAUGGCCCUCAUAAUUGACUUGGAGGUUGGGCCCGACCAGUAGAUGAACCCUAUUGUUUUUGGGGGUCAUCCGGCCAAAGGUCAAGGUCACAGUGACCUUGAAUGGUAAAAGGUUGUCCGUGUCAUUACUCGACAAUGCCUGCACCUAUGGCCCUCAAACUUGACUUGGAGGUUGGGCCUGACCAGUAGAUGACCCCUAUUGUUUUUGGGGGUCAUCAGGCCAAAGGUCAAGGUCACAGUGACCUUGAAUGGUAAAAGGUUGUCUGAGUGAUAACUUGACAAUGCCUGCACCCACGGCCAUCAAACUUUAAUUGGAGGUUGGGCCUGACCAGUAGAUGGCCCCUAUUGAUUUUAGGGGUCAUUGGGCCAAAGGUCAAGGUAACAGUGACUUUGAACGAUAAAAGGUUGCCCGAGUGAUAACUCAACAAUGCCUGCGCCCAUGGCCCUCAAACUUGACUUGGAGGUUGGGCCUGACCAGUAGAUGACCCCUAUUGAUUUAAGGGGUCAGAGGUCAAGGUCACAGUGACCUUGAAAGCAAACUCGACAAUUCCUGGACCUAUGGUAAUCAAACUUGACAUGAAGGUUGGGCCUGACCAGUAGAUGACCCCUCUUGACUUUGGGGGUCAUCAGGCCAAGGUCAAGGUCACAGUAACCUUUAACGCAAAAAAGUUAACAAAUCUUCUCCCAGUGAUAUCUCAACAAUGCCUGAAUCUAUGAUCAUCAAACUUGACAUGUAAGUUGGGCCUGACCAGGAGAUGACCCUUAUUGAUUUUAGGAGUCAUUGGGUCAAAGGUCAGGUUCACAGUGACCUUGAAUGCGAAAAUGUUUCAAGUGAUAAUUGGACAAUGCCUGCACCCAUGGCCCUCAAACUUGACUUGGAGUUGUGUCUGACCUGUAGAUGACCCCUUAUGAUUUAAGGGGUUAUUGGAUCAAAGGUCAAGAUUACAGCGACCUUGAACAAAAAAUGCUUGUCUGUGUAAUAACUUGACAAUGCCUGCACCCAUGGCCCUCAAACUUAACAUUUAGAUUUUUGGUGACCAGCUGAUGACUACUAUGGAUUUUGAGGUCAUAGAGUCAAAGGUCAUGGUCAUAACACACUCUAUCCUCAAACUUUGAAUGGUCAUAAUCUUAAAACUGCCUCAACGGCAUACAAUGUUAGCGACAAAUCAGCUGUCAUUUCGGUCCAUGCAUAUUUCAUUUCAUAUUGUCCAUAUAAUCCUGACAACAUGGCGCUCAGGGGGGGCAUAAUGUUUGACAAACAUCUCUUGUUAUGUGUUAUUUUUAAACUUGUUAACCGCGGCUGAGACAGCGACAAAAUAUUCUUUUGAUCAUGGCAUGCUCAUACUAGCUCGUGUUGACAAUUCUAGGCUUAUUUUGAGAACAUUUUGUGUUUGCCAAUUUUGCCACCAUCUGGUGUCUAGUCCCUUGAAGUGACUAUAUUUAUUGUCACUAACAUAUCGAGUCUGAGUUUGAGACUCAGACUCAGAAAAGCAUAAAAUCUUGAUUUUGUUGUAUAAAUGCUACUACUGCAGCAAAGAAGGUAAAAAACUCCUGUACCUGUCACAAAAAAAUCUGUUCUACAAUCAAGCACACAUCUUUUGCCAAAAUUUAAUUACAUUACAGAUAUUUUGAAGCAUUUCAGACUUCAAUUUUCUGAGUCUGAGUCUGAAAUUCAGACUCGAGAAGUUAGUGAAAACUGAUCCAGGGAUCAUUAGUCCAUGAUAAAUCAUGAAAUCAAUAUUGAGAGCUUUUAGCUUCAGACUUGUGUACAGAAGGAGGUACCUUAAAAUGAAUAUACAUGAAUUUGGAAACAAUUUCCAUAGCAGUCAAAGUCCAUUAAACCCUGCUCAUUUUUGUACACCAGAGCGAUGAUGCUAUGAGUACAUCAGAUAAAUGCGUAGGAUUGAUCAUUAUCAAACCUAUUUUGAAUGAGAAUGACUCUCCUUUGAGCAUGAACCGUAUAUACUUAAACAGAACUUGGCAGUUUUAAGGAUUGACAAUUAUCAGCUGUUAAAACCAUGGGUGAACAUACUCUGAUUAAAUAGGUUUUUACAAUGGAAUAAAACAGUAGAAAAUUAGUAUAAAAAGAGGAACUUGGAACAUGGCAUGUUUGAUCUCUCAAUUUACAAAAUGAAUGGUUCAUAGGUGAAAGCGUUAUUUAAAGAUACUUACCUGACAAUCAUUGUGGCUGAUUGUUAAGGAUGUUAGUUAACGAUGUUGUGAACGGCAUCGUUGUUAAUUUAUAAAUCACAAUGGCUCUGGAAGGAUACAUUUGUGAUCUACAGGUUUUGUAACAAAUACAUGGCUUCAGGACAACUGUGUUGCAGCUGUACAUGUUUUAUUUAAAUGUAUUAACGCUUUGUACAAUAUUUCACCUUUAAAAGUUAACACCAAUGUCGUUUAUCACUUUGUUAACUUUAACAGAAUUCUGAACAAUCGGCCAUAUGUUUUGUUGCUUGAAAAAAUUGACCCACUUGUCUGGCUUUGUGAACUUCUUUUUUGCUUCUGAUUUUACUGGUAAUUGACUAUUUUUGACUAUUUUUGAUAAUUAAAAAGAGAUAUGAACUGGAAGUUAAUAAUUGUCAAUUGUAUGGUGUUAUCAUUAGUUUAUGACAUUAUAUUAAGACAUAAAUUGUGCCUAUUUUAGAACUUGAAUCAAAUAGUAGCAUCCUGUUUGAACAAGAUAUGGUUUGGGAAGUAUUUUAAGUACUUUGAUGUUAAACAGGUCUUGGGAAGAUUAAUUAUUAUGCUAUGUUGUUGCUGGUAUUGAAGAGAAUAAAUGCUUUUUGAA